AUGGCGAAAACAACACGUUCACCCUUCCUCGAUAUCCUCCCACCAGAACUCCGGCUGCACAUUUACACACACCUCCUCGUCGCCCCUACAUCCAUCAAAGGUCCCGUUGCCCGUCAUGAGACCAAAUACGACCUCCAUACCGCCAUUCUCCGAACCAACAAGCAAAUUUACCACGAAGCCCGCUCUGUAUUCUUUGGCAAAAACACUUUCUACAUAACUUCCAUACCGCCAACCUCAUCCAACAGUAACUCCAGUCAUGAUGUCGCAGAGGAAGAAGAAGAAGGCUCGGGAGCCUUUGAACCCCCUCUCCAACUUACCGACCUUCCUUCAGUCCGCCAUCUCGAAGUCGAUCUACUCUACUACCCUAACUCCAUGACGACAACUCUGGAUUCCCGCGACGGCGUCUGGAAACCUGUGUCUAUCGGUGCCAGACGCUACACAACUAGCUUAUCCUACUUGCUUAGUACCGUCUCGCCAAGUCUGCUCAGCUUGACCCUCUGCGCAGACACACGCCGCUACAUCGACAGCACCUCCAGCCAGGACCCUAACCGCGUCAGCACCAAAUCCGAAACCGACAUCGAGCGACUGCAAGUGCAAAAAUUACUUACGGGAUUUUACAUGGCGGACAGCAACUCUCUUUUGAGGAAAGCAAUGAAGGACCUACUCGUUCGGGAUGUCGGCCUGCAUUUCGAUUUCCCGGAAAGUUACUUUGACUUUAUGGUUGGUAGAGAGAGGCUCUGUGGACAGAGUCUUGUGGAGUUGGCGGGCCAGGUGUUGGCGGCUAGGAGUGAGAUCAGGUUCAAGGCUGCGAUGCAAGAGGCGGGUGUAGGAAAUGAGUUUGCGGAAGAGGGUACAGUGAAUUUGAUCCCGUUUCCGUGUUUAUAG